UGAUGAUCCGAGUGACCAGGUCAAAAACGUCAAACAUUUUCUACGGAGUAUAUUAAUUUGGAAAAGUGUUGGCAGCCGACAUUUGCUAUUCUCCAUCAUCAUUUGACUUUGGCCUGCACGUUGUCAUUUAUUCAGAAUUAUUCCUUCAUUCCGUCUACAAUUUUUGGUUGGGUGAUAUCAUCACAAUCAUCAUAAGAGAAAACGCCAUAGCUGGAGGAAGGAGAAAAAAGACAGAUGGCCGGAGAAAGGGUAGUGGGAGUGGCGGUGGAUUUUUCAGCGUGCAGCAAAAAAGCUCUGAAAUGGGCGGUUGAGAAUUUACUCCGGAAAGGGGAUCACCUUGUUCUCGUCACUGUUCGUCCUCAAGGCCACUACGAGGAAGGCGAGAUGCAGCUCUGGGAAACCACCGGUUCUCCUCUGAUUCCUAUAGCGGAAUUGACGGAUAGUCAUAUUAUGAACAAAUAUGGAGUCAGUCCAGAUGCAGAAACACUGGACAUUGUGACUACUGCAGCCAGGCAGAAAGAGAUUGUUGUUGUGAUGAAGAUAUUUUGGGGUGAUGCCAGGGAGAAGCUAUGUGAAGCAGUGGAUAAAGUUUAUUUGAGCUGUCUUGUUGUUGGGAAUAGAGGACUUGGCACACUCAAGAGGGCUAUCAUGGGUAGCGUCAGUAACUAUGUGGUGAAUAAUGCUUCUUGCCCAGUUACCAUUGUGAAGGGUUCUGUGAAUGAAUAACUCCUGGCUGGCGGACUGACCGUCUUCUGUUGUAUCCAUAUCUAUAUACCUUCACUAAUACGGAGUACUAAAUACAGUGACCUCUUGUUUGCUCUGUUAAAAUAUCUGUUUGUUUGUCAAAUAUAUGUAAUCAUUCGGUCAAGUGGCUGUUUUUGUUGGUCAUGUUUGUAUAUUGGAGAUUGAGAUUGUUGCCCCAUUAAUAAAAAUUGAAUAUCAGCAUUAGUAUGGCAUUUUUUCUUUAGGG